CAGACACAGUUACUAGUAACAGUUACUGUAACAGUUACUGUCAACACAGCAGGCUCCUUGGAGAAAAUUACCAACUUAAUGGUACAAAACCAAAUGGCUCUCCGUUUUCAUCCAAGCUGUAAAUGAUUAACAUGCUCUCCUUGUUUUGUACAUUUCAGAGAGGUUAUAACUUUAGUAGCUACAUUAACAACAUCAAACCAGCCAAAUUAUACAGAACCGAAAUUUGAGUUGGGGUUUUGGGAUAAUAUGCUAAAGACGUUAGGUACUAAGAUAUCAGCACGUCACAUUGAUGCUGAAAUAGUGUGCACGUAUAGACAGCAGGAAUGAUGGGGGGGGGGCCUGGGUGGACUCGGAGGGGGCGUAGGCUCCGGCCCCGCGGACGCGCCGACGCCACCCGGGACGCGGGUGGGGAGCUCACACGCACCCACCUCUGGAAGGAGCGGCUAUGAAGAGCCCAGCCGGUACCGGCAGGACCAAGUCCCCAGCGGCAGCGGAGAAAGAUCCAGAACCGGCCCUGCCCAGUGUGGAGGCAAGGAGCAAGGCUCAGCAAGCGAGCAUUCCCACCGCCCGAAACCGACCAGCAACGGACCCUGGCCCGCCGAGAGUGAUGAUGACAUCCUCUUCACAUAUGACUGCAGUACGGCAGCAGAGAAGGCCCAAGAAAGUCAAGGGUGAGGGAGGCCGGGCAGCCCGCGGAUAAGGGGAGUGACACGAUUCUGGCGGCCACCUUCUCCAAGUCCGGCAGCUAUUUUGCUUUAACUGAUGACAGACCGUGGUGAGGAGGUGCACGGCCCUGACCUUCACGGCCUCCGAGGAGAAACUUCUCGUGGCAGACAAGUCUGGAGACGUUUACUCCUUUUCGGUGUUGGAGCCACAGGGAAGCGGCAAGCUUGAACUUGGGCACCUGUCGAUGCUGUUGGAUGUGGCCGUGAGUCCCGACGACCGCUACAUCCUCACCGCCGACCGGGACGAGAAGAUUCGGGUGAGCUGGGCAGCGGCGCCGCACAGCAUCGAGUCCUUCUGCCUCGGACACACGGAGUUCGUGAGCCGCAUCCUGGUGGUGCCCGGCCACCCCGAGCUGCUGCUGUCCUCCUCCGGGGACCGCACGCUGAGGCUCUGGGAGCACCCGAGCGGCCGGGAGCUGCACUGCUGUCACCUGACCAGCCUGCAGGGGCCGGCGGAGCCCCCGGCUGACAAGAGGUUUGCCGCCUCCAGGAUCGCGUACCGGAGCCAGGACAGCUGCGUGGCGCUGCUGUGUGACUGCAUUCCCGUGGUCUUCAUCUUCCAGCUCGACGCCGCUGCACGGCAGCUGGUUUAUAGACAGCAGCUGGCUUUUCAGCACCGGGUGUGGGACGUCGCUUUCGAGGAGGGCCGCGGGCUGUGGGUGCUGCAAGACCGCCGGGAAGCGCCCCUGGUGCUCUGCAGGCUCGUGGGCGGCCAGUGGCAGGCUGCUCCUGAAGACGCCGCGGUAGAGAAAUUGUCCGCCCACCUCCGGGGGAACUGGGCCAUGUUGGAAGGUGCGGCCGGCGCAGACAUUGGCUUCAGCGGGCUCUACAAGGCCGCCUUCGACAACGUGAGCGCCUACCUGAGGAAGAAGGAGGAGCGGCUGCAGAAGCGGCGGCGGGCCCUGGACCCUGGGCCCCAGGGGCAGGCCAAGAGGCUGAAGCUGGGGGAGGCGCCCCUCAAGUGCCCAUCCUAGCCGCCCGGCGUGCCCGCGGCCCCCAUGCGCCAGAGCUGGCUCUGCUGCCCCCUCCCUGCCCGCGGCUCCCCCUAAGAAAUGGGGACAUCCUUGCGGACCCACGCUUGGUGGCAGUUAGGUCUGCACCAGAUCUGCACCGGCUCUGCACUCGCAUGGGCUGUCCCAGAGAACUGGUGGGUAUCCUGGGCUCUAGAACCUUCUGCUGUCAAACAGGCACUUCUGCCUGACGUCUCGGGCCCCCUUCUGGUGAAGGGAAGCCCUGUGGUGUGGCGCUCAGCCAGAGACACACAGGUGAGCAGUGCCAGCGCCCUGAAGCGCUGUUUCUUUGUGUCGGGGACAUCGGAACCCGUAGUGAGCGUGGCAGCUGUGAACCCUCUGCUGUUCCCGGAGCGCCAGACGCUUCUCCUCCAGGGAAACCCUUGCGCCGGAUGGCAGUGCAGUCGGCACGGCUCAUUCUGCGUCUCCCUCCAGACAGUGUAGCGCUCUGUCUGGUGUCGGGGCCACUGCUGCGCUGGGCCUCAAACCCGAUGGGCGGCUCUGUUCUCUCGCUGGUGGCCACCGCCACCAUCUGCUCGGUCCCCGCCGCCGUGCUGUGAGCUGGCCGGGGCGCACGUGCAGCCUGGACCUGCCUCGGGGUGUGAGGCCCUGGGAGCCCCGGCGGGAGCCGAACUCUCCGGAAGGCGGUGCAGGCGGCGCGUGUAUUUGUGAUUCCUGCACAAACUCUCCGUGGUGCAAAGACCAGGGGCAUCAGCUGGAUUCGUCACUGAUUGGUAAAGAUGAGCUUUUUGCAGCUUCUGGAAAUGUUUAGCAGCAACAUUUGGAACUAAUUUCGAAAUAUAUUGAGCAAAACCAUU